GGAGCGCGAGGCAUCAGGGGACCAAUCAGGUGUGAGUUGAACGGGCACGAGAAGCCUGUACCUGAGAAGCCUUCACCUGUAAAUGCGCGAGCCCAAACUGAUACAGCGGGCAGUGCCGCGGUCACGUGCAGCCACCUGGCCCUUCUCUAAAAACCUGCCUCUGUCAGUCUGGAGGAAGCUAAAAGAAAAACUGAAAUAAAAUAAAAGACCAAACAAAGUGAUCAGUCAUGUUAAGCGUGAGGGUUACGUUGUUAUUUUGUCUCGCUUUGCUCGGUGUUUCUCGAGCCGCUCCGGAGGACGUGUACAUCAAGGUGGUUCGCCUGCUGUCUCCGGGGGAAGAGUACCUGAGUGAAACCGCGCUUCAGUCCUUUUUCAAACUUCUGGAGAAACGUGUGCAAUGUGCCGGUGUGUCGUGUGAAAAGUGCUUGUCGGAGGAGAGUGUAGGGCAGCUGGUGAGCAACUACUCCAGCUCCAGUGGUGUGCAGGUGGAGGGUUUCUUCAGGUUGGCUGCUGGAUGCUCUCUGCUGCUCAGCUCCCCCUUGAACACCUGCACGGCCAUCACAGAGGGACGCUGGGAACAGGAGACGAGACGCUUUAUCCACAUGCUGUUGGACCACAGUGAACACGGCCUGGACGAGCUCUUACAUGAUAUCGAAGAGCAUUAUAUACCUGAACAUCACAAUGGGCACUGCCUCACUCUGACUGACAUCCUGAAAGAGAGCGAAGUGACUCUGCCUGACGGAGACCACCAUCACGCUGACCCUCACGCUGACCUCCAUACUGUGUUCGGUGUUCUACUCUACCACGUCUUACUGGGAGACUGCAUCACCUCUCACAGCCUUCCUGCAGAGGACUUCUUCCUGGAUUACAUAUUCAACCACUUUGGCCCAGAUCACAUCACCGUUCAAGACCUCGACAGGUUGAUGGGAGCUCUGAACCUGGGACAGAAUAAUGCUAAUGACCAUGAGCAUGACCACAGCCACGAGGCCCAUAAUGAAGACAUGAGACUCGUCCAACAUGAUGAAGAGGGCCUCAGGCAGAGUCGCGAUGAGCCUCGGGCCUCCAACAACAGCUGGGACACGUUCUGUUUCCGUGCCGAGGAGUUGUUGAAGAUCUACCAGAUGAACAGCUCAGGACUGGACAGAGAUCAGUUCACUCGGCUGAGCCCAGCUCUGACCCAGCAGCUCCUUAGUAAAGCCUGUACCAAACCCCCGACGGUGUUGUCCGACUCCCUCAGCACCACAGAGCGAUACGUGUACGCCACCCUGGCCAACGCGGUGAUCUGUCUGAUGGCCAUGUUCGGGAUCGUGGUGCUGCUGUGUACGUCCUGCAGCAGCCUGUUCCAACUGUGUAUUCAGUUCUGCAUCAGUCUCGCCGUGGGCUCGCUGACGGGUGACGCUCUGCUCCACCUCCUUCCCAUGUUCUUGGGGAUACAUGAGCACAGCGACGGAGCAAGUGAACAUGCACAUGACACUACGUACAUCUUUAAACUACUGGUGCUUUUGGGAGGGAUCUAUUACUUCUACCUGAUGGAGACCAUCUUCUCAAUCAUCACUCACAAAAACAAACACUCUCAUCACCAUGAAGAGGACGACGAGCCACACCACUGUGACCAUGACAAAGUCCUGCAGAUGUACCAGAGAGAGAAAAAGAGCAAUCUCUCCACAUCACAAGCAGACCUGGUAGAUGGGGAAAAAAAGUCCUUCCCCGAUUCAGAAGCAGCCCCUCGCACAAGAGAGCAGCGCCUCCUUCCGUAUAUGAUUACAAUCGGCGACAGCAUUCAUAACUUUGCAGACGGCCUGGCCAUCGGCGCCGCCUUUUCACUCUCCUGGCGCUCAGGAUUGGCUACAUCUCUGGCUGUGCUGUGCCAUGAACUGCCACAUGAGCUGGGUGAUUUUGCUGUGCUGCUGCACUGCGGCAUGUCGGUGAAGAAAGCUCUGCUGCUAAACGUGGGCAGCGCUCUGACCUCCUUUAUCGGCCUCUACAUCGCUCUCUCAGUCUCCACCGACUCUGGAGCCAAAGAGUGGAUAGCAGCAGUCACAGCAGGCCUCUUCCUCUACGUAGGACUCGCCGAUAUGCUUCCCACCAUGAUCCACGUGGACAGCGAGAGGCCAUGGGUGACCUUUCUGCUGCAGAACCUGGGUUUGCUUUCUGGCUGGGCCAUCCUACUGCUGCUCUCUCUGUACGAGGACAAGAUCGGCAUCUAGAGAACUGUUUUGUUGUUGUUGUUGUUGUUGUUGUUUUAACCCCUGAUGUUUAGUGUAAUUUAUGUCUUGCUUGUAGUUAAGGUUUUUAGAAAAAUACACUGCUAUGAAAACAGGUGCAAAGAGGGACAGAUACACAGUGGGUCACAUCAAUUGAAUUUGACGGGUGAUGUGGAUUUAAAAAGGGAACAGACUCAUAUUUGGACAUCAGAGUAUGACGAUUUUCGAGAAAUACACCCAAACCAAUCGGGAUUGAACUGAAGACCUGCCAACCCAAAGAGAAAUAAGAUAUAUAUAUUUUUUAAACCUACAAUAGUACCUUUUCAAUAUAGUCCAAGUCCUUAUACAAACCACUUGUCUAAUGUCCGUCAUGUCCCUUUAAACACUUUGGAGUGAUCAGUGCCUUUAAAAUGUGUGUAAGGUGUAAGAUGUUGAACGUCACUGUAAACUUAUUAAUCUUUUUUGUUGCCAAAAUGUUCAGCCUUUUUUUUGUUCCUCUGACCUUUUUCUGGUUGGAAGGUGUUUUGGUGGCCAAAUUUCCCUGCAUCCCUACUAAAUAGUUAAAUUUCACUAUAUGGCCAAAAGUUUGUGGACACCUGAACAUCACAGCCGUACGUGCUUGUUGAACAUCCCAUCUCCUUUACUGGUAUAAUAACCUCCAGUCUUCUGGGAAGGCAUUCCACUAGAUUUUGGAGCAUAGUUGUGGGGAUUUGUGUGCUCGUUCAGAGAGAAGAGGCACUGAUGUCGGGUGAGGAGGGCUGGGGUGCAUUCAGUGUUUCAGUUCAUUACAAAAUUGUUCAUUGGGGUUGAGGUCAGGGCUCCGUGCACUCGAACACUCGAAUUCUUCCACUCCAACUUUGGUGUGCCAUGUGUUCAUGGAGUUCUCUUUGUGCACGGGACGUUGUGAUGCUGGAACAGGUUUGGGCCUUCAGUUCCAGUGAAGGGAAGUCGUAAAGCUACAGCAUACAAAGACAUUCUAAACAAUCGUGUGUGCCCAACUUUGUGGCCACAGUUUAAGGGAAGAACCACAUGUGGGUGUGAUGGUCUGGUGUCCAUAUUUUUGAGUGUUAAAAUGUAGAACAUCUGCAUAAAAUCCAUAAGUAGUGAUGCUCCAAUCGACCGGCCGCCAAUCAGUAUCGGCCGAUAAUCACAUUCUAUGACUCGAUCGGUAGUCUCUAAAUUUGGCCGAUCUCAGUCAUGUCAUCAUCAGUGUGGAAUUUUUACAAGGUCUCAAGAAACAAUGAAAAAUUCAUGUAUCUGCCGUGUAUUUUUAAAGGCCUAUUAAAGUGUCCAUUGUAGAGUGAA